AUGGGUCCCGUAAAAGUGUACAAGUGUUUGUCGAUAGCCGACAAACAAAAAGUGAUCGCAGCAGUUGAAGCAGGUGAAAAAAAAAAGAUGUUGCUCUACGUUUUGAAAAAAUGUGAGUACCCCGAUCUGCAAGAAUGUCUUAUGGCUUUUUUUACUCAAAGUAGGCAAAAUAAUAUUCCAAUAUCAGGACCUAUCUUAAAAGAAAAAUCUAAGUUGUUUGCUACCAACUUAGGUAUCACAAAUUUUCAAGCUAGUGAGGGUUGGUUAGAAAAAUUUAAAAAACGUCAUGAUUUAACUUUCAAAAAAGUAUGUGGAGAGAGUGCAAGUGUUGACCCGUGCAUUUCACAAGAUUGGAAAAAUGAGUUAAUCAAUAUAUUGGUUGAUUAUGAUGCUAGGGAUAUUUUUAAUGCCGAUGAGACCGGACUUUUUUACAAAUGUUUACCAGAUCGCACUUUGACAUUUAAAAACGAAAAAUGUCAUGGUGGUAAAAAUAGUAAAGAACGGAUAACAGUGAUGUUGGCCGCGAACAUGGAUGGAUCCCAGAAACUUAAGCCCUUAAUGAUCGGAAAAUUUGCUAACCCACGCUGUUUCAAAAACGUAAAAUCUUUCCCACUAAUGUACCGGUCAAAUAAAAAGGCGUGGAUGACAGGUGUAUUAUUUACAGAGUGGUUGUUAUGUAUCGAUGUAGAUAUGAAAAAGGCAAAUCGAAAAAUUUUGAUGUUCGUUGACAACUGUACCGCACACAAUAAUAUUCCUCAUCUUGAAAAUAUAAAAAUUCAUUUUUUACCUCCCAACACUACAUCAACUCUCCAACCAAUAGACCAGGGAAUAAUAAGAAAAUUUAAAAAAAAUAACAGAUUUCUUUAA